AUUACAGGUGCAAGCGCAGGAAUUGGAAGAGCAACAACCAAAGCUUUCGCAGCGGCAGGUGCAUCAGUAGCCUGCAUAGCCCGUCGCGAGAACGAUCUCAAGGUGCUCGUCGAAGAGAUCAGGUCCGAAGGUGGGAAAGCCACUGCCGUGGCCGCAGACGUUUCCCAGCCAGGCACUCCAGCUCACAUUGUCUCAAGCGUUGAGAGAGAGCUUGGACCAAUCGACAUCCUGAUCAGCAAUGCCGGAAUCACGCGCCUCUCUCCUCUCGAUGCAGAGAAAGACCUCUCGAUCUGGUGGAGAUGCUACGAGGUCAAUGUGUUAGCACCAGUCUCACUCAUCCACGCAGUGCUUCCCUCAAUGAAAGCGCGAAAGACUGGGAUCAUUAUGACGGUAUCGUCAGCAGUGGCUUCGAUGGCACUGCCCUGUAUGUCGGCGUACGCAUCUUCCAAAGCGGCAAUCUCAAAGUUCCACGAAUCGAUUACGCCCGAGCUUGCUGGUUCGGGAAUCCUGUCUUUCGCUGUCAAUCCAGGAAUGGUCGGAGGUACAGAACUCGGAUCAGCAACGAAUGCC